CUGCCCGAGGCGGCCCCGGCGGUGACGCGGCCCCGCAACGGCCGCGCCGGGGUUGUUGUUGGUAACGGCCAAGAUGGCGGAGGCGGCGCGGCCGCCCCUGCCCGACUCGGUGCUGCUGCAGGUCCUGGCGCUGCUGCCGCUGCGGGACCGGCUGCGAGCGGCCAGGGUCUGCCGGCGGUGGCAACAGCUGGCGCAGGACCGAGCGGUCUGGACACAUGUGGAUCUGAGCCCUCACCGGGUACGGGCCGCCCCCUGUGAGCACCGGGGGGAGGGGGCUCGAGGGAGACCCCUUGCAGGGAUGGGGGGACCCCUCACAGGGAUGGGGAGGCUCGGAAAGAUCCCUCACAGGGAGAAGGGAGCUUGGGAAGAUCCCUGACAAGGAUAGGGGGAGCCCUCAGAGGGUUUGGGAAUCCCUCACAGGGGCGGGGGGCUUAGGGAGAGCCCCCGCAGGAACAGGGGUGGCUCAGGGGGACCCCUCACAGAGAUGGUUUUAAAAACUCAGCAGGGAAAACGUAAGGCUGCUCGAGCCACUCCCUUACAACAGUGCAGGGGGAAAUCGAAGAAAACAAGCCCACUUGAGUCACAGUUGUACUGAGGUAAAAAUUGGAAAUAACACAACACCACAUAGAAAAAAUGGUUUACCCACAAAACCAACAAAAGCAAGAUGUUAUCUGGGCCCCGCACCCCUAGGGCAAAACAAAAAAGGGCUCCCGUUCCCGGGCUGCACGUGUGGCCCAGUAGAACAAAGAAGGGACUGCAGAAAACAGGUUUCCGCGGUUUGACUCCCUCCUCGGCCAGACAAAGGCAACAGGGGCAAAACAAAACCUGGAAGGCUAUUCGCACAGGAAAGGGGAAGGUCAGCAAAACCUUCCUUGUCCCGACUCAUUUCGUUUGACAAGAC